UUUGCCUACACAAAAGAAGAACAACGUGGUAAAAUCCGGUGUCAUGUGCUUGUUUUCUACACGUUUUUUUGUGUGAAUUUAGUUUAACGGAUCAAUUAACUUUGCUGAAAAGUCGAGUUUGUCGGAACAAAACUUAACUCCACGCUGCUAGUUCCGUAUGUUCGUGAAGUCGUGGCUAAAUUUGAUUUAAAAGAGAAUUAACAUAAUGGAGUGUGAUUGGACCACGCAGAAUCUUCAGAAGUUGUUCGCUUCGUUAAAAGCCAACAUCCCAGCAGAGGAGGAAGCUUUCAUUUACACCAAAGGACUGAAACAAGUCGACUGGGAGAACGUCGCUUUCCCCCCUUUUUCUGCUGAACAAUGCCGGGAAAUGUGGACAUGUUUCAUGCAAAAGAUGCGCAAGAUUCGGUCCCUAAAAGAAAUUGUUGAGGAAGCUGAAGGUCUCGUUUCCACUCCGAAUCCCAACGACACGAUUCAGUCCCAGUGCCCAAAGAUCCCUCUUCCUCCAAAUGCUCUCUAUUUGGAAGCAAACUUGGAAAAAUUUAGAAGGAAGCACCCAGAACGUGACACACAAAGCCUUCUUGAAUUAUCAUCCAAGAAGUUCAAUAAUCUACCAGAAGAGGAGAAGGCCAAGUUUGAGGAAAAACACAUCCUUGAAUGUGUGGAAUAUAAAAAAAAGAUGGAACUGUUCUGCCAAAAUUAUGUUUGUCCUGCCCCUCAGAAGAAAAGCCAAUCAAGAAAAAGGGCUCCUCUUGCAAGUGAUAAAAAACAUCCAGACGUGCCUCCUAAACCUCCUACUAACGGAUAUGUGCUUUUCUGCAAGGAACAGUCUUCGUCUGUUAAAAAUGUAGCAAAAAGCAGAUAUAUUAAAGAGUGGGCUCGCCUCUGGCGAGAUUUGAGUCAAAAGCAGAAGAUGGAGUACGCUGAGCGCUGCCGUGAGCUGAAUGAGGAGUACAACAUCAAGAUGAGUGCAUACCUGGAGAGGCUUGAUGAAGAGGAGCGUCAGCUGUUCAUCAAAGAGAAUAAAAUCUCUGCAAACAGAAGGAAAAAGCCUGGUGGAUUGGGAGCCUUAAAAAGAUGGCUGGCUGAGCCGAAGAUGCCGGCUCUAUGUGGAAACAGCAUCUUCUGCCAAGAACAGAUGGCGCUUCUCAAAGAAGACAUUCCUGAUUUGAAUGAGCGAUUCUGCAAGGCUAUGAAAACGUGGAACAGCCUUUCAAACGAAAAGAAAGCAGAUUACCAACGAAAGAAGAAAAAAAAGAUUCAACAAUACUCGGAAGAGCUGCAGAAUUGGUUUUCGGCCCUGACACCACGACAGAAGAGGGAAUACUGGAUGUCGAACCGAUAUAAAAGGAAAUAUCUGGGUACAAAUGAAGCCUCACUCAAUAAAGUGCCGCUGUGCGAACCUUCAGAUUCAGAAGAUGAAGAUAUUGUGAUCAGCAGCAGUGAAGAAGAGGAAAACACUUUGACCUUUGGCGAGAAUACAGCUGUAAGAACAAAAGCAAAGACAAACAUAAGUAGCGGGGAGCAACUAAAACAUUGUUUCAAGACCGGUCCGAAGGAGCAGAAUGUUGUGUCCAUUUCUUCCAUCGAUCUUCAAGUUGUUGUGCAUCUAGCCCUAAGAAGAAGACUAUGGAGAGGAAGAGGAAAAUUUCGAAAUCCACAUGUUUGAGGUCUAAACGGCACCAACAACAUUUGGAUGUUAGAGUGACAGAUUUAUACUGGAGAGUAGAAAAUUCUUCUAAUAAGUCCUGAUGGAAGAUUUCUACUACCUGCAAAAACUCUGAUGUUUUGUGUUUCAUCUUCGUGAAUGUUAGAAGAAUGUUGGAGCAAAAAGUAUGAUUAUUGAUGACAUGCAAGAAACUAUUAAAGAGCCUUAUGUAAAAAA